ACCUGCCAGCCAUGUUGGCCAUAUUCGGCUGAGAACUGAAACCGUGCUGGUGUUCUCCGACCGCUGUCACUCUACGUCCAACGUCAAAGGAGGUUUGACAUACACAUAAAGAGCACUGUGGCUGGAAAAAGAUUAAAGAACUCCCUGAAAGUCUUCUCGUGUUUCUUGUGAAUUAGUUUGUUCUCAUUGUGCAAUCCUAUCUGUUGGCCGCCAUAGUGGGAGAAGUUGACGACUGGUCCGAGUUCGUUUGUACGUUCAAGCUCGACCGUCGAAAACAGUAUCGAAAAUGUCGGGCAAUCAGGGAAUGGAAUCCCUUAUUCCGCUCGUGAAUAAACUGCAAGAUGCCUUCACAUCAUUGGGGGUUCAGAUGUCCCUUGAUUUACCUCAAAUUGCUGUUGUGGGUGGUCAAAGUGCAGGAAAAAGCUCUGUGUUGGAGAAUUUUGUUGGCAGAGAUUUCUUACCUCGAGGUUCUGGCAUAGUCACUCGUCGUCCCCUUAUUUUGCAGCUGAUCAACUCUCCCCAAGAGUAUGGAGAAUUUCUGCACUGCAAAGGGAGGAUAUUCUCUGAUUUCGAUGAAAUUCGAAAAGAGAUUGAAGCAGACACUGACCGAUUAACUGGUACCAAUAAAGGAAUUUCCAACUUGCCCAUCAAUUUGAGAGUGUACUCACCUCAUGUUCUUAAUUUGACCCUGAUUGAUUUGCCUGGCUUAACGAAAAUUGCUGUCGGUGACCAACCACCUGAUAUUGAAAUGCAGAUCCGUAGCAUGAUUCUGACCUUUAUCAGUAAAUCUAGUUGUCUCGUUUUGGCCGUUACCCCUGCCAACAUUGAUUUGGCCAAUUCGGAUGCUUUGAAAUUGGCAAAGGAAGUCGAUCCUGCAGGUUUACGAACCAUUGGUGUAAUCACCAAGUUGGAUUUGAUGGACGAAGGAACGGAUGCUCGUGACAUCUUGGAGAACAAGCUGCUGCCUUUACGGCGCGGUUAUGUCGGUGUAGUCAACCGCAGCCAAAAGGAUAUCGAUGGACGCAAAGACAUCAAAGUGGCUGUGGCGGCUGAACGCAAAUUCUUCCUUGGCCAUCCAUCUUAUCGCCAUAUGGCCGAGAGAAUGGGAACCCCCUACCUGCAACGCGUUCUCAAUCAGCAACUCACCAACCAUAUUCGUGAAACUUUGCCGGGAUUAAGAGAUCGUCUCCAGAAACAAUUGCUGAGCAUGGAGAAGGAAGUGGAGCAGUUCAAAAAUUUUCGGCCAGAUGAUCCCAGCAUCAAAACCAAAGCUAUGCUUCAGAUGAUCCAGCGGCUACAGUCGGAUUUCGAGCGAGCUAUCGAAGGUUCCGGUACGGCUAACAUUAACACGGAGGAAUUAUCUGGUGGUGCCAAGAUCAGCCGCUUGUUCCACGAGCGUUUCCCCUAUGAAAUUGUCAUGAUGAAGUAUGACGAGAAGAAAUUGCGUCGUGAAAUCGCGUUGGCCAUUCGCAACAUUCACGGUAUUCGCGUUGGCCUCUUCACGCCCGACCUCGCCUUUGAGUCCAUCGUUAAGAAGCAGAUUUCCCUACUCAAAGAACCUUCCCUCAAGUGUAUCGAUUUGGUCGUCACCGAGCUGACGAACGUCGUCCGCUUCUGCACCGCAGAGAUGAACCGUUAUCCUCGACUGCGUGAGGAAGCCGAGCGUAUCAUCACCACACAAAUUCGCGAAUGCGAGCAACGAUGCAAGGACCAGAUCAGCUUCCUCAACGAUUGCGAGCUGGCCUACAUGAACACCAACCACGAGGACUUUAUUGGAUUCGCCAAAGCGGAGAACAACUCCAUGACACGCGCCCAGCAGUCUUCUGAGAAUGCCAGCAAUACCGGACGAAAGCUGGGCAAUCAAGUCAUCCGCAAAGGCUACAUGUCCAUCUCCAAUUUGGGGAUCAUGAAAGGCGGCUCACGGGAUUACUGGUUCGUUUUGAGCUCGGAGACCCUGUCGUGGUACAAGGACGACGAGGAAAAAGAUAAAAAGUACAUGCUGAACUUGGAUGGUUUGAAGCUGCGUGAUAUUGAGCAAGGAUUCAUGUCUCGUCGUCAUGCCAUCGGUCUGUUCAAUAAAGACGGUCGUAACGUGUACAAGGAUUACAAACAGCUAGAAGUGAGUUGCGAGACCCAAGACGAUGUCGAAACCUGGAAGGCGUCGUUCUUGCGUGCAGGUGUCUACCCUGAAAAACUAUCUGAUACCACCAACGGUGAAGAAACUGGAGAUCGUGAGAAUUCCGUAUCGAUGGACCCCCAACUCGAGCGACAGGUUGAAACUAUUCGCAAUUUGGUUGAUUCGUAUAUGAAAAUCGCCACCAAGACGACGAGAGAUUUGGUGCCUAAGACGAUCAUGCACUUGAUGAUCAACCACACCAAGAAUUUCAUUAUGACUGAGUUGCUGGCCAACCUUUACGCUACGGGUGACACGAAUAAUAUGAUGGAAGAGAGCGCAGAAGAGGCCGUUAAACGGGAGGAGAUGCUUCGAAUUUACCAUGCCUGUAAAGAGGCCCUGAAGAUUAUCGGUGACGUGUCGAUGGCCACCGUUUCGACGCCCGUUCCACCACCCGUGAGGGGUGGCAACGACGACUACUUUAGGUCUGGACCUGAUAAUUCCAGUAUUGGCCAGCGAGUAUCGCCUCCGUCUCCAGGCGGUCCUAAUCGUCGCCCAAUGAGCGGUGUUGCUUCGGCUCCUGCUCCUGGACCGACUUCUUCAGUCAGCCGAGCUCCACCAGCUCCUCCUGCAGCUGGUCGUCCUGCACCGGCCGUGCCCAAUCGACCAGGAGAUGCGACAGGCAGAGCCCCACCGGCCCCACCUUCACGCCCCGGAGCAGGAACUGGCCUCCCUCCGCCACUAGUGCCAACCCGGCGCACGUAGAAAGCGAACAAAAAAGAAACGAGAGUGAACAAAAAAGAUUCUCCCCUUCCCCCCGUAUUUCAUGUAUCUCCUCCCUCACACGCUAGAAAGAUCCUUCUUCAUCAUCCAGUCACACACACACACACAUGCGCGUGCACGCUCUGAAACCAGAGCAGAAAGAAAGAAAGAGAAAAGUGGACAACGUAGAUCAAAAUUUGGUUUAACUCUUGUAAUUGAAAUUUAUUGGCCAUGUCCCUCUUUCUUUCUUUUGUUUCGUUGAAUUCCGCCGGAUGAUUUAGCUUCCCCUACUAAACAAGAAAAAACAAAACAAAAACUUAUGUUUAUACAUUCGAUCUAUGUACGUCCUCUGUUUUGUUUUCCCUUUUCGUCGAAGCAUUUGAAAUUUGUUUGUUUUUGUUUCAUAAAAAAAAAAUUUAUUAUCCACGAAUCCAAUACUUGUGCGUUUGUGUGUGUGUAAAAAAAAUGUGAAACCAAAACAAAAAAAAAAAAAAUCCUGAAACACAACCAACAACCCAUAAAAAAAAACAGGCGAGGAGUAGGAGGAGGAUCCCAGCAGCCCGGCAUCGUCAUACCGCAGCGCGUCCAGCAAGCCGUAGUCAACGCCGCCGUGAAUGAAAUGGUCGGCGCCGUUGGAAAGCAGUUUAAAUUUAACUAAAUAAUUUAAAAAGAAUCUCUUUCACACACAAAAACGAAUCUUUCUUGUUAUUACCUCACCUCCCUACCUACCACAAACUACUGAAACAUUCCGUUAUUAUUUCAUCUCUUCUUCCGGAAAUCUGAGAAUUUUGUUGUGUCAAUUCUAAAUUCCGGUUUGAAACGGAAAACAAAAAUGAAGGAGAAAGAUGUUUCAGUUUCAUCGCUGCCUCCCCCACACACGUUUGCUCUUGUGUUUUCUACCUGUCUUUAUAGAAAAGAAAAUGUUCACCACAUAACUGUAGUCGAAUAGCACUACGUCGUUGUGUCGUUAUUGUUGUUCACCAAUCGCGUCGCUUUCUAUCCAGUGGCCUGUUAGGAAAAUCAUUGGGACAAAACGCGGACUUUUACCCCGAGCCCUUAAAAAAAUAAGAGAAUCUUUUUAGCUACAGGCCAUGUUUAUCCCUCCUUGUUAAAGAAGAAAAACACAAAACCUUUACCUUCUUUCGAAAAAAAAAAAACCCUAAUAAUAAUUUGAUGUGGUUUAAGCUAAAUUGAUUAGUUUUUGCUUGGGAUACGAUUCCGUUGAAGAAGAAAAAAGUUGUUUGUUACUUAGAUCAUCUUUCCCUCUUUCCUUGGCUCUUGGUUUCUUUUUAAAGCACUUGCCAGUUUGUUUAUUGCGUCAUUUUCCUUAAUGAUAUACAUACAAGAAAAUUAUGUCCAUUUAUCCACAUUGAUGUUUGUCUUUGGAAAUGUUUUUUUUUUUUUUCCUUGUGCCGACACGCUACACUAAAAACUGUUCGUAGUCCAGUUGAAUAGUACACGGAAGUGUGUGUUACAGUAUCAGAUUGAUGUUCAGUACUGGAAAGUUUUAAAACAAAAAGGGCUAGCUAAUAGAACAGAGUUACGACGCCUACCCCAAUCAUCACCGCCACUACACCCAUUCCUGUUCCCCCGAAAACUUUUGUACAGUAGUGUUAGUCUUUUUAUUAUUUUUAUUAUUUUAAAAUCGGAUGAAUUGAUUCUCUUCAUUUUUACAGAAGGAAAACGAAAAAUUGAAAGCAAUUCCGACUUUGGUUUCCUUGUUUCCAGAAUCUCUUUUUCUGUUCUUUUUUUUUCUCUAUACAUAUUAUAGGAGGGGGGGGGGGAUUGUGUAAGUGUUGUGUGCGCGUGUUUUUGAGAUGCUUGCCCACCCACAAAAACAAACAAGAACAAACAUUGUGUUUUCCUCCCAAUUUACCAUCAUCGUUUCCAUUUAACCUGAAUCUCUCCCCGAGCUAAACUCUUGAAUCCAUUUACAGAAUACAAUUUGUUGAAAGUUCA